UUUAAUAACUACUACUGAGCACUGACUGAACUGGUCUUAAUUUACUGCAAGGUAGCUAUUUUAACAGUUCUAUAAGUCAAUCAUCACUUAUGGUUCAGUCUCAUCAGAACCAUUUAAAUCAAAAGACAAUUUCAGUUCGAAAUUGGUUUAACUAGUGGUGACAUUUUAAACACCGUGGCGGUGUUAAUUAUUUUCACAGAAUUAUAUUGCUUUAGUUACAGGUAUGGCAAACUCUAAAGACUUUGAUUUUACUCUCCUGCAUUUACUAAUAAGAAAUACAGUUGCAAAUAUUGUACCGACAAAUGGUUGGAAAAAUUCCCCGUCAUCUGGAGAUAUAUCUGAAGGAGACGAUAUAGUGAGAAUUAGACAUCUACGCAAUAGCUUGGCUCACCAUAAAAACUGUCAGUUCUCUGAUAUAGAAUUCCAAAGUACUUGGAAUGAACUAUCUCAGGUUACAUAUAUUUAGAUUUCAUUAAAUUGCAUGUUAUAUGGUUUGCAUGUUCUUCUACAACAAAAGCAAAUAAUGUUAUGUCAAGCUUACAUUUAUAAUAUUUCAUUCGUCUCUAACCAAAAUUUUUUUUUGUUAUUUCUGUUUCUUUAACAACAUUGAUAUUGAAUCAUUAAAAUGUAUUCAUGAAGCUACAUUAGAUACUUAAAACAGUUUUCUGCAAUUUGGCAUAUUUUCAUAAUAGGUUAAUGUGAUUCUUACUGUAUUUUAGGCUAUAACAAGACUAAGUAAAGGUACUUUAGAAAAAGACGUUUCUUCGCUGAAAACAAAACAGGUCGAUCAACAACAAGGGAGUGAAAUACUUGGUGCCUUGCAAAACGAAAUGUUGGACAUCAAAGGUCAGGUUUGUGUGCUGCAGGAUGAGCACAUUAGCAUUCAAGAUACAAUAUAUGAAGUUGCAGACAUAUUGUCGUCGCAAAGAAAAGAUAUUGAACAAAUGGAAAGAAGACACAUCCCGGACCAUGUUAGAAAUUGUCAAGUUGAUGUUCUAAAGGACUGGAAACAGGAAGACAUUGUGUUUUAUGAGGGAACACGUGUUUAUGAUGCAGCACUGAACAUGAUGGAAAACAAGAAAUACUUAACCUUCAUAGGAGGUCCAGGCUCUGGCAAAACAGCAACAGCUCGCCAUAUUGCUUUGCAGUUGGGAAAAGCAGGUGCAGAAAUUGUUCCAGUCUGCGGACCAGAGGAGGUCCUUUUAUAUGGCAAAUCCUCUAUAAAUCAAGUUUUCAUUCUUGAUGAUAUAUUGGGUAUUUUCGCUGUAGAUAUAACGAUGUUGAACAACAUCAUAAGGCAUCAAGAAAGAUUACUAAAAUUACUAGGAAACCAGUCGAAACUUAUAUUCACUUGCAGAAAAACAGUUUACAAGGAAGCUUUAAAGUUUGACUCAUUCAUCACCAAAAAUAUUGUUGAUUUACAUGGGGGAGAUUUUGACUUAUCCGAGGAAGAGAAAAUGAAAAUGCUAGCACAACAUUGCAACAAAGCCGGAAUUGACAGCAGUGUUUAUAAUACGCUGUCAUUCAACUCUGCAGAAAUAAUGUUUCCAUUUGUUUGUAAGUUGUUUGCAAAAGACAAAACUUGUCAUAAAUUUGGCUCCAGAUUUUUCAAUAAACCAUUUGAAUGUCUUAUAAACCAAAUGGAGAUACUUCAAGGGACCAAUCCUACACAGUAUACUGCAAUGGUUCUAUGCCUUGUGAAUGAAAACAAAAUUUCCCUACAAAGUCUUCCAGAUAAUAAUGUUAAAGAAGAUAUAUAUAACUGUUGUGGUUUAAACAGAAGUACAUCUGAUAGGCAAAUUAUCGACGCAUUAAAACAGAUAACAGGGACAUUUGUUUCUGAAGUUAACAACGAAUUCACGUUUAUCCAUGACUCAAUAUAUGAAAUUGUCGCUUUCCAUUUUGGUACGGACCAUGUGACACAUAUCUUGAAAUACAUGCCAAGUCAUUUUGUGGCAAAUAAACUUAUUGUUUGUGGGGAAUCGACGUUCGACAACCUCAAAAUUAAACUCUCGAAAAUUUAUUUUCCAUUACUGGCAGAUAGAAUGUAUAGUGACAUCAAAGAUAUGCACCUAUUUGACGUUUUUAGGAACACUUCUUUGAACAAUAUUCAAUUUUUAUACGUCUUUAUCAAUUUUUUCAAGCAGAUACCAUACUGUGAAUUUAAACUACGAAUACUUUUCCGUUCUCCUUUUGACCCUCGGUAUGUUAUGAAAAAUGUAACGAGAGAAGACGAAAACCAAGAAAAGGAUGAUGACCUUAUAUAUGAUGAACUUACCAGACAAGAACUAUUGAUGGAUAAGCAUAUAUUUUACGGUGAUAAAUGGAAGCAUUGUUGUCAUAUUCACAGCACUAUAAGCUGGAUUGUUUACUAUGGACAUAUGCAUCUUUUGCUUGAAAUUGUUGAACAUGUACAAAGUCAAGAUGAAUCUUCUGAUUUAGUGUUUGGAACAAAUUUAGAAGAAAGGUCGAGAAUGCUCAAAUUAGGUUGUUACAGUGGGAAUGCCGAUAUCGUUGAAUUGAUGUUGCAAUACAUAGAUGAAGAGAGCGUAAAUUCAUCUCCACUGUAUAAAGAAGAUGAAUUUGUUGAUGAAAACUUUCAUAGAAAGCAAACGCCGCUAACAGCAGCAUGUCAUUUUGGUUAUACAAAUAUUGCAGAUAUUUUAAUUAAAUAUGGGGCUGAUGUGAAUUUACAGGACAGAAAUUUUGAAUCGCCUCUUUAUGUAGCAAUUGGACAAGGGCAUUGUGAUAUAGUAAAGUGUCUCCUAUCUUAUAAUGUAAGAACUUGGGAUAUUUUUAUUCCAGACGACGUUAAUAUCACAAAUACUGCAGUAGAUCUAGCAGAGAUGUGCGGAAAAGAAAACAUUGUUGAUUUGCUAAUGCAGUUUGACGAAGAAGACAAUUACACUUUUUAA